AUGGUACCAGCAGCUGCUGUGUUCAGUCUGAGAGUGCUAAUGGUGCUGAGGUUUAUGCAGGGAUUGGCAUUUUCUGGAAAUUUUGGAGCUAUUGGACUAAUUUGUGUUCGAUGGGCUGCACUUACUGAAAUGAGCAUUUUUCUUAGCAUUUUAACAAGCUUCACUCCUGUCUCUGCAGUUAUUACAAAUCCUGUAGCAGCUUGGAUGUGCAGAGACUACGGUUGGCCUAUGGCUUUUUACGCUCAUGCUGUGUUUGGCCUGAUAAUAUUCUUCCUGUGGGUACUGCUUUAUGUCGAUGACCCUCAAAAACACCACAUCAUUACGAAGAAAGAACUUACAUCCAUACAAGCAGGAAAAACCAAAGAGCAUGUUACGGGAGACAGCUUUGUUCCAUAUAAGGUGAAUCAUUCAAAUGCUUCGAUCUCAAAAGUCUACAUUUUUCAAGGAAAUAAUUUUGGACAGAGUGGUGUUAAUAGUCUGGUUUAAUG